AUGGCAGAAUCAUACGAUGCAAUUGUUGUCGGGGCUGGGUUUGGUGGGAUAUAUCAGUUAUAUUCCCUCCUGCAGUUGGGCCUCAGAGUGAAGCUGAUAGACAAGGCUGGCGGUCCUGGGGGGACUUGGUACUGGAACCGCUACCCCGGAGCAAUGAGUGACUCUUCAUCGCAUUUGUAUCGAUAUUCAUGGGAUAAAGAAGACCUGCUAUCCUAUCCCUGGUCGGCCAACUAUCUCGAGGCGAAAGAAAUCCUCGCGUACCUGGAGCAUGUGGUAGACCGCCACAACCUGCGGCAGCACAUGCAAUUCAACACGGAGCUGCUGUCAGCACAGUGGAACGAAGACGAGCAUACAUGGACUAUUAAGACCAGCGAUGGUUUAUUCACGGCUUGCUAUUUCAUCUCGGCACUUGGGAUCCUGACGGACCCGAACUGGCCUGAUAUCCCGGGACGUGAUGGAUUCGAAGGCGAGCUAUACCACACUGCCCGAUGGCCUGAACACUGCCAUUUGGAAAACAAGAGGGUCGCUGUUAUUGGAAACGGAUCUACUGGCAUUCAACUGAUUACCAGGAUUGCACCGCUUGUCGGGUCGUUGCUUUGCUUCCAGCGACAUCCCCAGUAUACCAUCCCUGCCGGCCGGCGCAGCGUCAGCCAGAGCGAGCGCGACGAGAUAAACCAGAGCUACGAUGAGAUAUGGGACCAAGUCAAACAGAGUAUCAGCGGAAUGGGCGUCAACGAGAGCAAGACCCCGGCGAUGAGUGUUUCCGCCGAAGAGCGAGAGCGCGCGUUCCAAGCUGCCUGGGACAAAGGAAAUGCCUUUCGCUUUUUCCUGGGGACCUUCGCGGACAUAGUCGUCGACGAGGCUGCCAACAGAUCUGCGUGUGAUUUUAUCAAGAGGAAGAUAGGCCAGAUUGUGCAGGAUCCAGAAAAGCGACGCAAGCUGACCCCGACCGAACUGUAUGCCCGGCGGCCGGUCUGCGAUGUGGGUUACUACGAGCAGUUCAACCGCGACAAUGUUGAUAUUGUCGAUAUCGCCCAUAAUCCCAUGGUCGAAUUCACUGCUAAUGGGAUCAAGCUCGCCGAUGGGACGGUGCACGAGCUGGAUGUGAUUAUCUGCGCCACGGGCUACGAUGCCUUCGACGGGCCUUACAAGAGAAUCAAUAUCACCGGUCGCAACGGGCUCAGUUUGAAGGAGCACUGGAGGAAUGGCCCGUCGACCAACAUGGGCAUCGCUGUCGCAGGGUUUCCUAAUAUGUUUUUGAUUUACGGACCUCAGUCGCCUAUAGCCAAUGUGCCGACUGUCAUGGAGGCGCAGGUUGAAUUCAUUUCCGGGGCUAUAUCGCUGGCCGAAGCACAUCAAAAGGAGCAGAGCACCAUGUGCAGGUCUUCCAAGACUGCGAUUGAAUCGACGCAGCAGGGCGAAGAUGAAUUCGCUGGGUUGACCAAGGCCAUCAGCGAGGCGAUGCUAUUCAAGACCGCGCAGUCGUACUUUUAUGGCAGGAAUGUCAAGGAUAAGGCUGAUUUUGCGUAUGUGUUUCUGGGGGGCGUUAAUCUUUAUCUCCAGAAGGUGAAGGAGUGUCAGGAAGGGGGAUACAGCUCCUUUUGUGCCUUUUAG